GAUCUAAGCAACAAAACAGAAUUGACAGCGGUGAACGGCAAAAGAAAGCCUGCGAUAGAAGUGUUCUCCCAUGCGCUACGUUUUUUCAAGGAACACGCCUUACAAGAACUGAACGAUCAGUUGGAAGACCGGAUAGAAAACGAAGACAUAAGAUGGGUGAUAACAGUACCUGCCAUUUGGAAACAACCUGCAAAACAAUUCAUGAGAGAAGCUGCAUAUAAGGCUGGUAUCAGUUCCAAAGCUUUUCCAGAGCAACUCCUCAUAGCACUGGAACCAGAAGCCGCGUCAAUAUAUAUCCGUAAGAUGAAACUACAUGAGAUUAUUCCAGACGAGAAUAAUCGACUUAGUCAUUACCGUAGCGGUUGCCGCUUAUCAAUUGGACCAAUCAAUGUAGAUUUCAUGCAUGGAACUAAGUACAUGGUAGUAGAUUGCGGCGGUGGCACCGUCGAUAUUACCGUACAUGAACUGGAAGAGCAUUUGGGAACACUAAAAGAGCUACAUAAAGCCGCCGGUGGCGAGUAUGGCUCCGUCAGUAUAGACAAAGCUUUUGAAGAUUUAUUAGAUGAUAUAUUCACCAAAGAAUUUCUUGACGAAUUUAAGAUGAAGCGACCAGCUGGUUGGGUAGAUUUAAUGAUAGCCUUUGAGGCCCGUAAGCGUAACGCUAGUCCCUGGAAAAAUAAUCCAUUGAACGUAUCGCUACCAUUUUCCUUCAUUGAUUACUAUAAAAAAUAUACGAAAAAUAGAACGGUAGAGAUAGCAGUUAAGAAGUUCGGUGAUAAAGAUGUCACAUGGUCAUCGCAAGGUAUGCUUAGAUUUACGCCCGAAGGAAUGCGGCGACUCUUCUUACCAACCUUAGACCAUAUCCGACAAGAAAUUGAGCUUGUCCUGCAGAAACCGAGUCUGGAUCAUGUUAACUAUCUUUUCCUCGUUGGUGGAUUUGCUGAAUCACCACUCCUUCAGGAAGAAAUCCGAAAGUCUUUCAAGGACAAGUUACGUGUCAUUAUUCCACAAGACGUGGGGCUUACGAUAUUAAAGGGAGCCGUACUAUAUGGCAUUGAUCCUAAUGUUGUGCGUGUUCGACGAUCUCCUUUGACCUACGGUGUGGGGGUUCUGAAUAAGUUUAUAAGGGGAAAGCACCCUGAGGAAAAGUUAAUUGUUAAAGAUGAGGUUGAGUGGUGUUCUGAUAUUUUCGAUACGUUUACAUUAUGUGACCAACCGAUAGCGGUUGGGGAGUUUGUUACUCGUAGCUACACACCGGCCAAGCCUAAUCAGAAGUCAACAGUAAUUAACAUGUACUGCAGCGACAAGCAGCGGGUGCGGUACCUCACUGAUGAGGGGGUUAAAAAGUGUGGUACCUUGCAUAUUGAUAUGUCUGAUUCCACCUACAUGCAGUUGCCAAGGAGACGGGAAAUACAAAUUACCAUGUUGUUUGGGGAUACAGAAAUCAAAGUUAGUGCAUUAGAUGUUGCUACCGGCAACUGUGUGAAAGCCGAUAUUGAUUUCUUUAAAAAAUAAUGAGUGUGAGAUUUACUCCGAGUGAAAACCUAGAAGUUGAAUAGAAACGCAUAAAUGUCGUUGGUGUUUGUUGUCCAGAAUGAAAGAUUAAAAAGUAAA